CCACUCCGUCUCCGACUUCUUCUCUUCCCCCACUUUGACCGAACCAACAUUAAAUCAAUGCCCUGAAACCACCACCUUUUCGUCUCGUUCUGUCAGCAUUCAAACGAAUCGACAGGUCAUGGCGCAGUUCUCUGGGCCUUAACAACCUGCAACAUCACUUACUACCUACCUACCUCUACCUACCACGCACUCGGCAACUUUGUGAUCGGCGCUUGCCAUCCAUCGCUAUAAUGAGGUCCCCGCACCCUAUACCACAAGCCAUCGGCGCCGGUGCCAACGCCGUAAACAGUACCACCAGCUUGAGUCUGAGGCAAUGCCGGCGGCGUUUCUUUGCUUCUUCGCCCUCAUCUUCGAUUCCUUCCGCGUCCCGUUAUCCAGUACAUCUUGGCGCCAUGGAGAGGAAAGAUCAGACAUGGAAUUCAAGCCGGGGCAUUACGUUUGCUGGCGAUAGUCGCGGCAGAGUUGGAUACCCGCAACUGCCAUCUUUGGCAAGAUAUCACAGCGACUCUGCGGUAUCAGCAACCUCAAACCCGGAACCUGUUCUUCCGCCCAACCACGAUGGUGUCUUCAACUCCACAGGCGUACCUCAGGGAAACCCUGACGCGAAUGGAACGACGUUAGACUCCCAGGGACAGGAGUUUGUUGAUGCACAGGAAGGAUUGGAGGAGCAGUUCCAACUCAUACUCGAAGAUGGGAACCUUGAGUCGAAAGAUGAGGAUGCUUCUCUCAAGCCUCCGUUUACACCACUCAGUUUCACCAUGUCCGAGGAUCUCUUCAAGGAGGCGAAGAAGGCGGCCGAGGGCACUCCCAAGUCUUACUGGACUUACAACCUCUAUCGUGGGCCCGACAAGGAUGGAAACAUGAACGAGAAGGUCAAGGUCCAUUACUGCAGAAGUGCGACCACCACUGAGAGGGUCUUGAAGCAGUACUUCAUGGAUGACAAGAUUCUCGGUCUUGACUUGGAAUGGGAAAUCAGCGCAAAGGAGAGCCAUGGCCCGAGGCAAAACGUGUCGGUUAUCCAAAUUGCUUCGGAGAAGCGUAUUGGAAUCUUUCACAUUUCGCUCUAUCCGAGGAAGGAUGAGCUUGCUUCUCCAUUACUCAAGCAAAUCAUCGAGGACGCCGAUGUUGUCAAAGCCGGUGUCUGGAUCAUGGGCGACUGCACCCGUCUGAAAAAGUUUCUCGGGAUCGAAGCAAGAGGAAUCUAUGAGCUCUCUCACUUGUAUAAGCUUGUCAAGUACUCUGCUUCCGGUGAGCACAAGCUUGUCAACAGACACUUUGUCCCGUUGGCAACCUUGGUAAAAGAGGUCCUCCAAUUGCCAAUGUUCAAAGGAGCAGUCCGGACAAGUGAAUGGUCCAAGCCCCUGAACAUGGACCAAAUCCUCUACUCAGGAUCCGACGCCUACGCCGGCGUACAGCUCUUCGCCAUGAUGGACCACCAACGAAAGCAACUCAACCCCACUCCUCCCCUCCCGUACGCCGCCGAGCUCAAGCUGCCCAUCAGGCUCGCCGCGGACGUCAUCUUCGAAGAAGCCGGCUUAUUAGACGAACAGUUUUCGGAAGUAACGGCCGCGCCUGACGCCACUCUAUCAGCCAACUACCUCUCCACUGUGGGCGACAACAUCAACGUCGAAAUCGAAGGAGACGGGAGCACGACCCUCAGCGGCGAAGACGCUUUUGUCUCUGCCACCACCAAACCCGGCAAGAAUGGCACAACCAAGAAAACCACCGAACCCUCAACAACGUCAACAGCAACAACAUCCACAAAACGCAAACGGACCCCCAAAGAACCCAACGAGUCUAAAGAGUCCAAAGUGCCCAAACCAAUCAACCCCCUCAUCUCCGAAGCCACCCUCUGGGCCCAGAACUACCUCCUCUCCCAUGUCUCCCGCAAACAAACUUUUGGCCCCAAAUCCCCCCUCUCCGUCGCCAACCUGCGCGCCUACUACCUCUGGUCUCGCAAUCCGUCGAUGAACUGCGAAGCUCUAGCCGCGUUGCUCGGCAUCAAGACUAGCACGGCCGCACAAUACAUUCUGGUGGCUAUUCAGAAGGAGAAGGGUAGGCUGUCGUUUGAGCCGAAGCGGAUGAAGGAGGAGAUUUUUGGGUCUGGGGUGAUUUCGGAGGAGACGUUGAAGUUCAGGUGGCAGGGCGUGCAGAUGCUGUGUGCGUUGUAUGAGGAGGCUGAGGCGCGUGGGGUGAAUGGGACGGGGGUGAUGGAUGGGGAGGGGGUGAAGGGGAAGAGUGAGUUGGAGUUGUUGGAUGAGAUUUUUGGACAGGAGCAGGAGCAGGAAGGGGAGGUAGAGGAGGUCGAGGGUGAGGAGGUAGAUGAGACGCAGGCAGAGGUGGAGGUAAAGCCGAAGGAAGAGAGCGUGGAGGAUGUGAUGAAGGCUGCGUUGGAGGCUGGGGAUUUGGACUUUGAUGAGGAGUUGACGCUGGGCAAUAGCAGCAGUCAAGCGACGGUUGAUGAGGAAGGGGUGGAGAGAUUGAGGAAGAUGUCGAGGAGUCACUGAGCCGGCUCUCAAGCUGCUGGUCGAGUGCUGAACAAGAAAGGAAAGAUGUCGAUGAUGCACCUAUACCCCGAGACCGACUUGGCUACUUUUAGAUGUUGGUAGAUGAACCUUGUAUAAUCCUUAGAACAACCUCUGACUGGGCUCUGCAGAAGCCAUCUAGUCUAUGCUCCAGGUCAGUACAUUUUUCGCGUACAGUUCAGUUCAGAAAGAAUCUGUCACGGCUGUU